CCGUAUAAUUACUCCCACGCCCGCACCAUGUCGUCCCCAACUCUUUUCCUCACUGCUCUUCUGCAGCUUCGACUGCUAUCCCAUAACUUGACUGCAACUGUUUCUUUCUCGAAUCGCGGAUUCACUGGAGCACAACAUGGCUGAACAGUACCGUCCGUCGCUCGACGACCCUAAUGCAUGGGUGCCCUAUCGAUAUGUUCCAUCCAUGCCUGCGGCAGUGGUCUUCGUUGUCCUCUUUGCCAUCACCACUGCGUUUCACACAUUCCAAUUGGUCAAGAAGAGGACAUGGUACUUCAUUCCUCUGGUUCUGGGCGGUUUCUGCGAAGUCAUAGGUUACGUAGGACGAAUCCUUGGUCACAAAGACAUGUGGGCACUUGGUCCAUUCAUCAUGCAAUCCAUCCUCAUCCUCAUCGCCCCCGCCUUUUUCGCCGCCUCCAUCUACAUCAUCCUCGGACGAGUAAUCCUCAUGGUCGACGGAGAACGCUUCUCCCUCAUCAAGCAACGCCGCCUCACGAGCAUCUUCGUCACCGGCGACGUCCUCAGUCUUUUCAUGCAGAGCGGCGGCGGAGGAAUCCAAGGCAUGAAAACCGCCAGCAGCAUGAAAAUGGGCGAGAAGAUCAUCAUCGGCGGUCUCGUCGUCCAGCUCCUCUUCUUCGGCUUCUUCAUCGUCGUCGCCGCCCUUUUCCAACGCCGCCUCACGUCAAACCAACCCGUGAAGCGCCACCUCACCCUCAAAUGCUGGGGCCGCAGCAAGGAAACCGGCACCCAGCGCCUCUCAGGAACCCCCGGGUUCGCCUCCAACCCCGUCAACCCAGACGAUCUCCCCUGGAAACGCCACAUCUACACCCUCUACGGCGCUUCCACCCUCAUCCUCAUCCGAAGCAUCUUCAGGGUCGUCGAGUACAUCCAAGGAAACCACGGGUACCUCCUCCGCCGCGAGUACUUCCUCUACAUCUUCGACGCCGUGCUCAUGUUCAUCGUCAUGAUCCUCUUCAACUGGGUCCACCCGAGCGAGGUUACGGAUAUUUACAACAAGAGGUUGAACAACCAGUCUGACGUCGAGCUCCAGGGCGCGAGGGACGAGUACCUUGGGCAUGAGUUCACGGUCGAGCAGACGAAGGGUGGGCAGUCGUGAAGUCUCGCACAUACCUUUUCAAUCGAGUCUCUGUGCGCGUCGGGUUUGAAAAUUAGAAAGAGUGGGAAUUAUAGCAUACCUCGGUGCAUGUUCAUUUUCGUUCCUUG